GGCGGGGGAUUGCCUCUCAGGAACAUUGCAUACCAAGUGUAAAAGCAGAAGCUCUCUAGUUUACAAAGAGUCAGAAUUUACAGAAACUGGAAGAGAGAAGAACAUCAAAUCUAAUGAUUUCCGAAAAAGUUUGAAAAAUUUGGAUUGUUUUGAUGAUGAGCAAGAUUAUUUUUGUGGUUCAAGUCGUGUAGAAGUAGAAGAAAACAGCAUUAUUUGCUCUGAAACUGAUGCAAUUCAAAAUACAGCUAUAUACAUGGGAACAGGCCUCACUUUACCAUCUCAUUUGGCUGCAAAUACUCAAGAAAAUAGGGACCAAAUUAUCAACCAUGAUUUGUUAAAGAGAAUUGUGCAUGGAACUGGUGCUCAGGCCUGCAAUAGGCAAGGUUUAAUACCACCUCAAGUUAGUCAAAUUUAUGAUGAAUUAUUUAUCAUACAUCAGAAGCUGCAGAGAGAAAGUUCAGCACAGCAGGAGUAUGCUCUACAACUGCAGAAACGAGAGCGUUGUCUAACAGAACAAGAGGCAUUGUUUUUUCAACAUGAAGGAGCUUUGGCUAAAAUAAGAGGUGUUGAGGAAGAAGUUCACACAAAAAUUGCAGCUAUAAAGGAGCAACAUGAGGCAGAAGUUAAGCAGCUGACAGAAGCCUUGAGAGAAAUAACUAAAGAAAAUAGGAGGCUGAAGUCGUCAUUUGACAGCUUGAAGGAAGUGAAUGACUCUUUAAGAAAACAGUUAUGUGAUGUAACUGAAUUGAACAAGAAGUUGGAAGAUCAAGCACGAAGAGUGCAAGCUCGUUUGGAGAAUCUACAAAGGAAGUAUGAAUUUUCAAUGGUACGGAAAUCUAAUGUUUUAUGUCAAGUGGUGAAAGGAAGCAAACCUGUGAAACAGGAAAAAGUGAUGGCAACAUCAAAAACUGCUACGCUACCAUUGAAUUCACAAGUCUAUGAGCUCUUAGCCUAUCUUAUGGAUUGGAUCUCUGACCAGCAUCUUUGCAAAAUAAAAACACAAGAAGAGAGAGAGGACAGUCAUAAAUCUAUGGUUGCCCAAAGCUCAAAGAACUCCUGUACUCAGGAAAAGUGCAUGAAGGUUUUGCCUAUAGCUACUGAGCAACUCCAGUGGAUGCCAUAUGUGAAUCCUAAACUGCAUGUGCCUGUGAUUAAAUUUAUUUAUUGGUCUGUAAGACAGUUAGACACUGAUAUGCAGCAUGCAACAAUGAGAUCAACCAUGAGGAGACUUGGUGAAGAUAUUUUCAAAGGCAUAGUGAGUAAAGGAAACCCACACAGUUCUUCUGAACAGUCUACAGAAAGUAAAUCAAAGUCAGCAGCUUUCUUUAAGAGUUUCUGCAUGCCUCUGAGGUUUCUGUCAACUUUGAUUGUGCUUAAAACAGUGAGACAAGUGGAUUACUUGGCUCAGGCAUUUGAGUCCCUUCGCGUAGACUUGAAGACAGAUGAAGGGAAGGCCUUAUUUUUGGAAUACCAAUGUGUGCCUGUUAUAUUAAGUCACCUAAAAGUAUCCAGUGCAAGUCUACUUUCCAGUGCUCUUGAUGGAUUACUUCAGAUGACCAUGGAAUCUGGUUCCUUACAGCCUUUCCUGGAAGCCUGCAGUAAUGAAUCCUUUUUCCGGACUUGCUCUGUAUUGCUUCAAAGUUCUAAGCUAGAUAUUGCAGUUUUGGAAAAGCUCAGUGUUAUACUGCAAAAACUCUCCAGAAUAAAAAGAAAUAAGAAGAUGUUUAAAUUGUUUGGUCUUCAUCAAAUAUUCCGAGAACUACGUAGAACUAUAGAUCCAGGUCACACCUUCCUCUGUAUAAACCUCAACUCAAUUCUGCUGAAUUUGGAAUUCUUGAGGAGUAGCUCUCUUUCCCCCAGUUUAAGCACAAGUGAUUAGCACUAGCUUUCAAUCUAAUUAUUGUUCUGUAUAAUUUAUACCAACUCUCUGUGUUACUUGAAAUUUGGAGUCGGGCUAUUUUUACUGAUUUGUAUAAAUACAUUAAGCAGCAUCUCAGUGCUGUGUAAUUCGUAGUGUAUCGUGUGGAUUCUUACUUAUAUUUCACUCAUUCAUAAAAAGGAAAAUGCAAAACUUUGUAAUAUGCUAGAUGUGACUUUCUUCAGUAUUUUCUAGAGAAGUGAAAUAAUGUUGCUGUUGUGAAUGACUCGGGCAAUGCAAGCAAUUGAAUCCUUAGAGUAAGCAGAUCAGAAAUACCAAUCUUUCCUUACUGGUAUGAAUCUUACUUACUUUUGACACUUCGGAGAGCUUUAUAAAUUCUUUAAUUUAUUGUAUGGUUGAAAAGUAGCAGGCAGGCAUCUUUUGAUAAUCCUGGAAACCAGAUUCUAAUUUAACAUAACUAGAUUAAUUGAAUGAGAAAUGUUGUUGUUUUGGUUUCAGAAUUUCUUAGACUUUGUUUGAUCUUUUCCUGUAUUUAAGUAACAUUUAGUAUUUUAUCCUGCUUUGUAUAGUGCAACUUUGGAUGGUAAUAUCUUUGCAAAUGUAAAUAAAAGCAUUUCUUAAAA